AAGAGAGAGGAGGGUUGCUUCAUUCAUAGUCGCCCGAGGCUAGGGGACGGGCGCACGCAGGCACGCUGGGGGUUGUUUAUUAGUCUCUCGCGUGCGCCUUGCUAAGUUUUUUGCCGUCCGAGAUUGUCGGAGAAAAUCGUGUGCGCACCCUGACUCUGCGAAAAGCACGCGGGCUGACAGCUACCGGACUAGACGUUGUUUAUUUGUUACUUGCCAACUAGCCAAGAGCUUUUUUGUUUGUUGUAUUUGUCAUUUAGUAAGCGGUGGUUGAGAUUUGUUAAUCGGCGAACGGCUUGUGCCGAUACACAGGAAGGGAGCACGAUGAACCAAAAAAUCGCCACUCGUCUGAUGCUCGCUUGCGUCUCGAUGGGGAUGCUCUUCAACGCCGCGAUGUCCAGCGCAGCCAACGAAGUGAACUUGAUGGACACCACAACAGUAAUGGGGGAGCUGGGAUGGCAGUCGACUCCGUCCACUGGGUGGGAGGAGUUGACCAUCAUGCUGAACCAAACGACCCCAGUGCAGACCUUCCAGGUUUGCAACAUGGGCUCCAACCAGAACAACUGGCUGCGGACGCGCUGGAUCGCUCGCAACCCGGCCCAGCGCGUCUACGUGGAGAUCAAGUUCACGCUGCGCGACUGCGGCAGCAUGGCCGGCGUCGCCUCCACCUGCAAGGAGACCUUCAACCUCUUCUACUACGAGGCCGACUCCGGCGCGGAUAUCGACGACGGCAAGUUCGCCAAGGUGGGCACCAUCGCGUCCGACAUGAUCUUCGACAAGACCGACGUCAUCGACCGCGUGCUGAAGCUCAACACGGAGGUGCGGGAGCUGCCGCCCCUCUCCUGGACCGGCUUCUACCUGGCCUUCCAGGACGUGGGCGCGUGCGUGGCGCUCGUGUCCGUGCGCGUCUACUACAAGAAGUGCCCGGCGGUGGUGCGCAAACUCGCCUCCUUCCCCGACACGGUGACGGGCACCGACUCGUCGCCGCUCGUCGAGGUGCGCGGCUCGUGCGUGCGCAACGCGGUGGCCAGCGGCGACCCCAGGAUGCACUGCAGCGCGGACGGCGAGUGGCUCGUGCCCAUCGGGCAGUGCGUGUGUCGCCCGGGCUACGAGGCCGCCGGUCACGAGUGCAGAGAAUGCGGCACGGGCUACUUCAAGGUGUCGGCGGGCGAGGAAAACUGCACGCCGUGUCCCGACCACAGCUACACGACGAGCGAGACGUCCACGGAGUGCGUCUGCGAGAGCGACUUCUACCGCGCCGAGGGCGACGGCCCCGCGUCCCCCUGCACACGCCCCCCGUCGGCGGCGCGCAACGUGAUCUCGAGCGUGAACGAGACGUCGGUGAUUCUGGAGUGGAGCCCUCCCCUGGACAGCGGUGGCCGCGGCGACGUGAGCUACCGCCUCGUGUGCCAGACGUGCGGCGGGGGCAGGGACGCCGCCGCCGCGACGGCGUCAACGACAGCGGCGGCGGCGACGACAGGGGCGGCUGCGUCGCCGCCGUGCGCUCCGUGCGGGGACAGCGUGCGCUUCCUGCCGCGGCGCGAGGGCCUCGCGGUGCCCGGCGUCACCAUCGCGCACCUGCUGGCGCACACCAACUACACCUUCCGCAUCGAGGCGCUCAACGGGGUCUCGCGGCUCAGCCCCGCGCCGCCCAAAGCCGUGUCCGUGUCGCUCACCACCAACCAGGCCGCUCCCUCCAAGAUCGACAGCCUCAACGCAGACAGGCCCACAAAAGAUAGGGUGCAGCUGUCCUGGCCGGCUCCUGUGAAACCCAAUGGAGUCAUCCUGGACUAUGAAGUCAAGUAUUAUGAAGUGGGCCAGCGGGACACCAGCUACAACAUCCUGCACACCAAGGUGCCGUCGGCCAGCAUCGAGGGCCUCCGGCCCGACAUUGUGUACGGCUUCGAGGUGCGGGCGCGCACGGCCGCCGGCUACGGCAAACCCAGCGACGCCGUGGAGAUCGACACCAGCGAGGACGAUCCAGGGGCUUUGACGCAGGUCCUGGUGAUCGCAAGCUGUGUCUUUGUUGCCGUGGUUCUCAUCGUCCUGGCUUUGGUCUACGUGCGGCGCAGACGCUCAAGAAAUAUAGCUGCUCGCGGCGAUGAAGAGGAGCAAUUUCCAAUCAAGCCAAAUGAAGUUCACCUGAGAACGAAACGGAACUACGUUGACCCCUUCACGUACGAGGACCCGAAUAAAGCCGUCCAAGAUUUCGCCCGAGAGAUCGAACCGUCCUGGAUAAUCAUCGAGAAGGUGAUUGGAUCAGGCGAGUCCGGGGACGUGUGCCGGGGCCGCCUGCGCGUGCCGGGCCAGGCCGAGACGCCGGUGGCCAUCAAGACUCUGAAGGCUGGGUACAGCGAGAAGCAGCGCAGGGACUUCCUGAGCGAGGCCAGCAUCAUGGGCCAGUUUGAGCACCCGAGCAUCAUCCGCCUGGAGGGGGUCGUCACCAAGAGCAAGCCGGUGAUGAUCAUAACGGAGUACAUGGAAAAUGGUUCUCUUGAUGGAUUUCUACGGAGUAACGACGGGCAGUUCAGCGUGGGUCAGCUGGUGGGCAUGCUGAGGGGCAUUGCGGCCGGCAUGAAGUACCUGUCCGACAUGAACUACAUCCACCGCGACCUGGCUGCUCGCAACGUCCUGGUGAACAGCAAGCUGGUGUGCAAGGUGUCCGACUUCGGGCUGUCACGGGGGCUGGAGGACGAUCCGCAGGCCGUCUACACCACCCACGGAGGCAAGAUCCCCAUCCGCUGGACGGCCCCAGAAGCCAUCGCCUUCCGCAAGUUCACAUCGGCCAGCGAUGUGUGGAGCUUUGGAGUCCUCAUGUGGGAGGUCAUGUCCUACGGAGAGAGGCCCUACUGGGACAUGAACAACCAGGACGUGAUCCAGUCGAUCGAGGAGGGCUAUCGGCUGCCUGAGCCCAUGGACUGCCCGCCGGCGCUGCACCAGCUCAUGCUCGACUGCUGGCAGAAGGAGCGCACUGAGAGGCCCAACUUUGCGCAGAUCCUCGCCUACCUGGACAAGCUCCUGCAGAACCCCGCCAGCCUGCACGCCGUUGCACAGCCUGGCAGCGAGAGGCUCUCGAACCCGUUGCUGGAGAGGAAGGCUCCGGAGUACACGAUGUUCUGCUCGGUGGGGGAGUGGCUGGAUGACAUCAAGAUGGGACGCUACAAGGAGAACUUCACCAACGCCGGCUUGGUGUCGUGGCCUGCCGUCGCACAGAUGACACCGGACGACCUGCAGAAAGUGAACGUAACGCUGGCCGGACAUCAGAAGAGGAUCAUGACCAGCAUUCAGACACUGCGAUCGCAGCUCGCCAACGGCGUGAGGACGUGAGCACGUGGCCAAACCCAGGAAAACCAACGAGCACGCCUGUUGAAAUGUCAGGGGGAGCACGUCGCAACGGCCGAGGAAAGGAACGUGCGUCCAAAGCAGCAAAAGGAGAUUGUGUCCAGCGAGUGAGACAUUGAAAUAUCGCGCAGUGUGUUGUUCUAUGACGGUGAAAACAAGUUUCUAGUGGGGAAAAAAAGGAUAUGGAUUUUUUUGUUAUCGCUCAACAUUAUUUUGCAGAAAGUGAUUGCUUCCCAAGGUGUAACAUAAGCUUUUCUUUGAUAUGAAGUGCUUUUCAACGUCUUAAUAUGAAGUGCACUUAUGUAAAAAAACUAAAAUAAUAUCAGUAAUUUUAUCAAUCAGUUACUGACCUUUACAUGUUUACAAUAAAUAUUUGAUAUUUUUCUAGUAUCUAUUACGUGUAUAUUAAAUUUGCAACAAAAAAAAACAACCAAAAAAACAUUUUAUCAAAAACUUAUGAAAGUGUGCUUGGCGAUAUUUUUUCGGUUUGUUGCAGACAACACAUCUGGCAGGUUACAUUUCCCCCCCCCCUCUUGCAAGCUUUGGGUAAUGGAGAACUUGGCAGUAGGAUCUAGCACAUGUUUCGUGUAUUUAUUUAAAUUAUUUCAUGUACGUGUAUUUAUUUGCCAUUUGCCACAUGAAACGUUGAUUGUCCUUACAUGCGACCGUUAGUUUUCGAUAAUUAUUUUCCAGCACAUUUAUGUUUAUUGCUUAAUUCUAAAUGUAAACCUAGACCUGGAUCGCCUUCGUCGUGUACUUAUUGUUACAUUGAUAUACUGGAGGAAGAAAAACGUACUUCGUAUUUGCAUGUUUUGUUUUAUUCUACAUAUUAUAUGUCACAUCAUUUGAUUUAUCCGCUGUAGGAAUGGAUACAUGAUCUGUGAACACCGUAAAUAUGAAGGGCCGCUCAGAAAGAGAAGAGAAGCAUUGUGUUUGACAAUCUGUUCUGGUUUUGGUGUUUGAUGAAAACACAAAGGCCCGGAUAAACUACCAGAGCUUUUGGAAAAUACACAGCGGCAAAAGCCAGCCUCAGCCUGGCUUUCUUUAGUUUUUUUUACGCUCAAAGGGCCUGUCCCUAGUUGUGUAUGUGGCACACGAAGACGGUGACAUUGUAGCCAUUUUUAUUUUUGCAUAGCAGUAGGGCGACGCACGGCGAAUUCUGCCAGAUUCGUGGAGUGCUCAUCUGCGUGUAUAUUUUACUCGGCGUGAGCCGGCAUCGUUACGACCGCUUGCCGCUACGAGAUUACUCCCCCGGCACUUAGUGGCUGCGCCAAGUAUUUGACAACGUAAUCUCACGCAUUUGUAUAUAAGUAAAUAAAUCGUAGCCCUAAUCUACGAAAUGACUCGGCGUUCGCUCCACGUCUGCAUUCGGUGUUUACAAUUGGCACUUUGUACGUCAGUGAUUCAUGCAAAAAUAAAUAAGAAAAACUUUUUUGUCAAACGGCAAAAAAUAUCAGAAUUUAAUAUGCAGUAUCAACCGUUUUGUUUGCAUUUGUGAAUAUAUAUACCAACAUAUAUAUAUAUAUAACCCUUUAAAACAUUGCUGUUUAGCCCCUCAGGCUUUUUAAGCACAGCCAGUGGAAAUUAAAUGUGGGCUGUGAGAUACCCUGAGUGACUCCUGGCAAUACAGGAGCUCGAAAGAACGAAGGGAGCUGCUGCAGGUGUGAACACAGAUGUGGUCUUGGUGGCAACACGUUGAGACCACCUCGAUUGGUAGGUGGAGUUGCCUAAUGGAGAAAGAGAAAAAAAACAAUCCUGGCAAAACUCUUGACUGCUUUGGUGGCAUAAAUUCAAGUUUAGAAAAAAAAAUCCCAAGGUCCAUAUAAUUUCAAAUGAUCAGAAUUUUGGGCGUUUUGAGAAAAUGAAAUGUCCCUUUGGGAAUGACAUCAUCGGCGAAUAUAAUUUAUAAUUUGUCACGUGAUUACGCGUUUAAUCAAGGACAAUGUUACUUUCACAGUUUUAUUAAUUUUUUUUAUGCUCAAUUCACAUUUUUCAAAAGGAUUUCGAAAUUAAUUUAAAGUUUAAAAUUAGUCUAAAUGACAGCUUCUUGCUUUUUUUUGCUUUUAAAAUAAAACACUAUAUUGAA